UCACAUAAAGCAGACUAUUAAAACCUAUUAUUAAUAUUGUUUAAAAAUUUGUAUUAUUAUUAACCUUAUAAAGUAUAUAAGAAUGGUAUAAGAUUAAGAAUUUUUUCAAAUUCCACAAUACCUCAUUUCAUGCUGAAAAAAAUUCCUUCUCCAUACUUUUUUUUAAUUAGUCUAUUUUAUCUCCAAUAAUACCCACCUACUAAGACCUAGCUAGUUAUAAUAUAAGGUCUUAUACUACCACUAAACCCUUUAAUUAAUCCUUAAUCAUAGAAUUAUUCUUGGGAAAACAACAUAUUAGUGAAACCAAAAGGAGAAAUUAAAGAGAAUUAAUCAUGAUUAACAUAGAAGGGUCUAAAACUAGCCUUUCUAAUGAUGAAAUUAAUGAUGAGUUUAAGGAUGACAAGGCAGAUGAAGAAGAAGAAGCAGAAGAAGUUGAUGAUAAUAACAAUAAUAAUAGCAAUAAUAGUGAGUUGAUGAAGGUCAAUGGAUCGAGCUCGAGUACGAGCACGGUCGACGAGGAGGACAAGAAAAAGUCGGCCUCAUCGGGAUCGGUGAGGCCAUAUAACCGGUCCAAGUUGCCACGGUUGAGAUGGACACCGGAUCUACAUCUUUGUUUCGUUCAUGCUGUUGAGAGGCUAGGAGGACAAGAGAGAGCAACACCUAAAUUGGUUCUUCAAUUGAUGAAUAUCAAAGGGCUGAGUAUUGCUCAUGUCAAGAGUCAUCUUCAGAUGUACAGGAGCAAAAAGAUUGAUGAAUUGAAUCAAGCAGCUAUGAGCAAUCAAGGAAUAUUCACUGAUGGAAGAGAUAAUAUCUACAAUCUUAGCCAACUGCCUAUGUUACAAGGCUACAAUAACCAAAGAUCACCGUUUAGUCUAAGAUAUGGUAGUGAUACAUCAUGGAGAAGUCCUUCAAGCCAAAUUUAUGCACCAUAUAAUUCUCAAGCUAGCAUCAACCUCUUCCAAGGGCAAUUAUCAAAUUGGAGAAUUCAACAAACACUAAAAAAAGCCACGCCAACAUCACAACCCUAUUGCUCAUCAUCAUCACCAUCCCCAUCUUAUCAAUCCACAAGUAUUAAACCAAAAUCUAAUGUGGAAUUAAAUCUAACAAUUAGUCCAAUAUUAGAACCAUUAAAACCCUCAAAAGAUCAUCUUAAAAGAAAAUCCUUAGAUUUGGAUCUUUCUCUUGCCCUAGCUCCAAAACAUGAAAAUAAUUAUAAUGAUCAAUUACCCAACAAAAAUGCAAAAAAUAAAGAGAUAUUAGGAAGUGAAUUAUCACUUUCUUUACAAAAUCCACCUCCAUUUUCGCCAAUGGCAAGCUCGGAUCAUUAUAAUCAUACUCAGUGUAUUCCGCUGAUUGAAAACGAUAAUAAUAAGUUGAUUAACAAGUUGAAGGAAGAAGAUCAUGCAAGUAGUAGGAAAAAUAAGCAAGCAAGGACAAGUUUGGAUCUAACUUUAUCAAACAAGACAAUUGAUGAGUGAGAUCUUGGUGUAGUAUUUGUUUGAAAUCAAUAACUGUAUUGCAAAAAGUAGAUAAUUAUAUCUAUUGCAUAUAAUAUACAAAGGUAAUGCCAAGUUUAUUUGUUUUCUAGCUCUUUUUAUAUUUUAUUUUUUUAAAUCUUUUAUUUUUAUCAUUGUUUUGGUUGCAUCCA